AGGAGAGCCAGUCUCUCUGAUCAGGUAACAGUGAAGAUCAUUGUGACUGUGACCAUGCAUGUGAUUAUUAUUUUCUUCUUGUCUGGCCUGCUCCCGCUCUCUCUCGCCCAUAGACAGGACCCCUUCGCCUGGCUUUAUGGCCGGCGAAGUGAAGGAGUUUAUAUGGCCUCUCUGCAGGCAGGCUCUGCAUGUCCAGAUGAGUGUGACUGCCCACCCACCUUCCCAAUUGCCAUGUACUGUGAUGGGAGGGGCCUCACAGCUAUGCCGACCAUCCCUUCUCAAGUGAAAUACUUAUACCUCCAGAACAAUGCCAUUACAGCAAUCCCCGACUCUGCUUUCAAGAAUGCAACCAAUCUGGUAUGGCUCAUGAUGCACCACAACCAGCUGACAUCUGACGCCAUUGGCAAGAAGGCCUUCCUGAAGCUGGAAGGAUUACAGCGUUUGUAUCUACAGCACAACAAUUUAACAAGCAUUCCCUCCAACCUCCCCCGCUCCCUGACAGACCUGAGAAUCAACCACAACAAGAUUGAAAAGGUUGCAGCUGUAGAUGUGGAGGGAAUGGAUAACCUCACUAUCCUCUAUCUCAAUGACAACGCUGUCACAGAUAUGGGCGCAUCACUUAAGGCGCUGAAAUCUCUCACACUGCUGGACAUCAGUGGAAACAAGUUGACAAAGGUCCCUGAGGGUCUCCCCGAGCAUCUGCACCAGCUCUACCUGGAGUCUAACUCCAUUGAUUCUCUACCUGAGGGCUUCUUGAGCAAUUUCAUUCAGCUGGAGUACAUCAGAAUGGCACACAACCAGCUCACGGACAAGGGAAUCCCUCCUAACACCUUUAACGUGACGGGGCUGGUGGAGCUGGACCUGAGCUUCAAUAAACUGGAGAGAAUCCCGCCAGUGAGCACAACACUACAGCAUCUUUACCUGCAGGCCAACCAGAUCAAAGAGUUCACUUUGGGCAGUUUCUGCAGCAUUGUGGAUGUGACAAACUUUUCCAAACUUCAGACGCUGCGACUGGAUGGUAACGAGAUCAGCCAACAGGACAUCCCCCCAGAGUCAGCCCUCUGCCUGCGUCAGGCAGCCAACAUCCAGGUGUAAUUGCAUCUCCAAGUCUGGACUGAAAAAAUGUCUGGUUUCAUUUGAUUUAUAAAAGGCAAUUAAGUUUGUUGUGACAACAAAAUAAUCUAUAAACCUAGAGAUAUGAGCCACAUAUGUUUCUGUUUUACCUAUUGAAAAUGACCCUGACCCUGACUGUCCUUAUAUGGUACUGUGAGGAUUGUUACUGUUCACAGCUGUAUCCUCCAUCCUGUCUUUGUUAAAGCAUGUCUUACUAUUUUUACUCACAAGUUGAUGAUAGAAAUAUCAUGUAUGAUAUAUUUUAAAUAUAUCACUAGCUGUCAUAGAAGCAUGACAAUAUCUUCAUUACUUGACAACCUUGUCUCAUAGUCAUAUCCUGUUGCAAUAUGAUUGAUAUUUUUAUCUUUAUGACAAUAAUGCUGUGACUGUUUUACCUUUCCGACUCCUCCCAGUGACACUUGUUUUCCUAUGAGACUAAAUAUAUAUGUAUGUCUAUUUACUGAG